GGUAGUGUAGCUGGACCCCAAGGCAAGGCAGCAGUAUUCCAGCCAGCGAGCGAAAAGGGUGCGAGGUGGUCAUCGGAAGGAAAAGGCGCUUGUCUGCAUGUACUAAAAAAGUAAUUUUCUGGCAUUUUAGUUCCAUUCAAACCCACCACCCAAUUCCCAAAAUGCACACUAACCCACCACUCUCCGCUUCUCUAAAACCCUCCAUCACCAACACCACCCCACCGAUCUCUGCCUCUUUGAAAUCCUCCUCCGCCCCUGCCAGCUCCACCACUCCAUGGGAGUUGUUUGACGCUUGAGCCAACACCACCCACCACCCAUAAGGCCAUAACCCACCCCCACCACUACUUCGACCGCCCAUCAAACCACCACCCACUAAGGCCACCGCCACUUGAGAUUAGACUCCACCACCACCACCACCCGUCACCCAUCUCCACCACCACAGCGCAUCGAUCAUCUCUACCAUCGCCAGCCUUCACCACAUUUUCUUCUACUCUCCCAUUCAGCCUGCUGGUCUUCUCUUCUCUUCUCUGCUUCUUCAUUCUCAAGGUCAAAAUGAAUGCAAAUGAAGUUUCUGCUAAUGUUCAUGAUCAUGGUAAGGUUGUCGAUCAACAAAAGAAUAGAGUUCAAUGUAACUACUGUGCUAAAUUGAUGAGUGGGUUCAGCCGGCUUAGAUACCACUUAGGAUGUGUAAAAGGGGAUGUAACCCCUUGUGGAGAAGUACCUGAAAAUGUGAAGGAACUGAUGAAAACCAAGUUGCUUGAACUGAAAAGAGGCAGUCUCGGCAAGGAAGUGGGGACCUUGGAAUACCCAGAUCUUCCUUGGAAGAGGAAAUGGUAUCCUAGCCCAAGUGCCAUUGAGCAUAGAAAGCUCCAAACCACCCAAAAAGCUGGUUCAGAUAGCAGAAAGGAUGUACAGAAGGACACAGUGUCAGAAAAUGGAGUGACCAAAGAGGUUUCAUUACCCAAUGGAAGAAGAGGUUCACAAAAAGUUGAAGAUCAUAAAGAAAGAGAGGAUUCAUCAUCAAGGCAAGCCAAGAAAUGCAUUGGUAGAUUUUUUUAUGAAUUGGGUACUGAUCUCAGUGCUGCAACAUCUCCUAGCUUCCAAAGAAUGAUAACUGCUGCUCUCGGUUGUGGUCAGAUUGGGUAUAAGCUUCCUAGCUGUCAGGAAUUAAAAGGCUGGAUCCUAAAAGAGGAAGUGAAAGAGAUGCAACAGUAUGUGAAGGAUGUUAGAAACUCAUGGGCAAACACAGGGUGUAGUAUCUUAUUGGAUGGGUGGAUGGAUGAAAAGGGCAGGAACCUUAUUAAUGUUCUAGCAGAUUGCCCAAAGGGCACAAUUUAUAUCCGGUCAUGUGAUAUUUCAGCCUUUAUUGCUGAUGUUGAUGCCUUACAGUUUUUUAUUGAACAAAUUAUUGAGGAGGUUGGGGUUGAAAAUGUUGUUCAAAUUAUCACAUAUUCAAUCUCAGACUGUAUGGCAGCUGCAGGCCAGAGAUUAAUGGAGAAGUUCCGGACAGUGUUUUGGACAGUUAGUGCAUCUUAUUGCAUAGAGCUCAUGUUAGAAAAGAUUGGGAUGAUGGAUCCCAUUAGAGGAAUAUUGGAUAAGGCCAAGGCCAUUACAAAGUUCAUUCACAGUCAUGCAACAGUUUUGAAGCUCAUGAGAAAUUAUACUUCUGCUAAUACCCUGGUAAAACCAUCAAAAAUUAAAUUGGCAAAACCCUUCUUGACUUUAGAGAAUAUAGUCUCAGAGAAAGACAACCUGCAAAAUAUGUUUGUCUCAUCUGGGUGGAACUCCUUGAUCUGGGCAUCUAGGGAAGAGGGGAAGAGGGUAGCUGACUUAGUGGUGGAUCCCGCUUUCUGGACUGGGGCCAUAAUGGUCUUAAAGGCAACUAUUCCUCUGGUGCGAGUUUUGAGUUGGAUCAAUGGGAGUGAUAAACCCCAAAUGGGUUACAUAUACGACACGAUGGACCAAGCAAAAGAAGCUAUUGCAAAGGAAUUUAAAGAUAAGAAAUCUCAGUACAUGCCAUUCUGGGAAGUGAUUGAUGAGAUUUGGAACAAACAUCUAUAUAGCCCUCUCCAUUCUACAGGUUACUAUUUAAACCCGCAUUUCUUCUAUUCAAGUGACUUCCAUUGUGAUGCAGAGGUUGCCAGUGGUAUCCUGUGUUGUAUCGUCCGUAUGGUACCAGAUCUGCAUGUUCAAGACGUGAUAGGUCUACAGCUUGAUAAGUACUUAUGGACUGAAGGUGCUUUUGCCCAAGGAAGUGCCUUUGACCAAAGAACUAAUAUUCCUCCAGUCUUAUGGUGGUCUCAUUAUGGCCGACAACAUCCUGAGUUCCAAAGAUUUGCCACUCGGAUUCUAAGCCAGACAUGCGAUGGUGCCUCGAGAUAUGAGCUGAAAAAGAGUUUGGCUGAGAAGCUGCUGAUGAAAGGAAGGAAUCCUAUAGAGCAACAACGAUUGAGUGAUCUGAUAUUUCUUCACUAUAAUCUGCACUUGCAGGGUUUUAAGUCAAGAUUAAACGCAGACAUUGUGCUUGAAGAGAUUGACCCAAUGGAUGAUUGGAUUGUUGAAGAAGCAAAAGAGAGUUCGUCUCAAAAUGGUGACACAGCAUGGAUGGACUUGGAUUGUGAAGAUAGAACCAUCAUUGAAGAUUUAGUUAAUGGAAGGGGACCUUCUAGCAUUCAACCAAAGGUGGAGACUCGGUCUUGACUUUUUGAGGGCUGGGUUUUGUGCUCUGUGGAGUAGCAUCCGGCUUUUUUUUAUGGAGGACGACUUGGUAAUGGGGGGGUUGAAGUUUUUUGGUAUGUAAUCAUAUCAUCACAAGCUCUUCGGGCGUUAUUCGCAUUUCUAUCCAUAAGAUUUUUUUGAACCCUUGAUAGUAAAUACUAACUUGGGAUCAGCUUUUAUUCAACAGAUUAUGAUGACUAUUAUAGAAUUUUACUGUUUUUACUUUUA